UAGAACCUCAUCUUCUAGACGCGUCGGACGAAAAUGUCCCCACUCACUAUUAACUUUUUCUGGACAAUUCUUUAUCCUCCGGAAGCCUCUCGAAAGCACCAAACAAUUCGAACCAAUAGUGUGUCUCAUUUUUCCGUCUUAUAAAUACUUCUCUCUCCAUUCCCAUAAUUAUACACACAGCAAACAUCAAGAGCUCACGCACUCUCUCUCUCUCUCUACCAUUUUCUGAAAUCUCCAAUAUGUCGAUCAUUCCCAACAGCUUCUUCGGUAACCGACGCAGCAACACCUUUGAUCCAUUCUCUCUCCACCUAUGGGAUCCUUUUCAGGACUUCCCUUUCUUCGGCAACACCUCUCUCUCUGUCCCAGCGAACGAAACCACUGCGUUUGCCCACACUCGGAUCGACUGGAAGGAGACUCCGGAGGCGCACGUGUUCAAAGCGGACCUUCCUGGGCUGAAGAGGGAGGAGGUGAAAGUGGAGGUGGAAGAAGGCAAGGUACUCCAGAUCAGUGGAGAGAGGAGCAACGAGAAGGAGGAGAAGGAUGACAAGUGGCAUCGGGUUGAGCGCAGCACAGGCAAGUUCCUCCGCCGUUUCUGGCUGCCGGAGAAUGCCAAGGUGGAUCAGGUGAAGGCAUCUAUGGAAAAUGGUGUGUUGACUGUUACUGUGCCUAAGGAGGAAGUCAAGAAGCCUGAUAUCAAGGCUGUAGAGAUUUCUGGUUAAAACUUUUAAUAUGUACCUAAUGUAAGGCGUUAUGUCAUGCCCGGCAUAAAUAAAAAGUUGGAAAGAUAUAUUUCUUGUAGUCUCAAGAAAUAUAUUCAUUUAUUUUCAUAUAUUCAUAUGUGAUGUUGUAGCUUGAUUGAAACAAAUAAUUAUAUAUAUUAUAUAUGAGAAAAUUACAUAUAAAUGAAGUUAAAGUUUCAUAUUUA